AUGCCCAUCGUAGACUUCUACAUCCUGCUGCUUGAACUCUCUCAUCUGAGUCUCCACGGUCAACUUUGCAAGCACUUCAUGCUGUUCCUGCAGUCUCUCAUACCCCCAGCAUUUUUUGCUCUCUCAAGCGCAGUAUUCUAUGUUGCCAUCCACCUCCCGUACAAAGGUCGACUGUGUCUCUCGCCACUACUGUUCGGCAGCGCGGUCCUCUCACUGCGUACAAGCCCUUACCUAACAUGGCUAACAGGUAUGAACGUGCUGUGGGCACUCUUCGCUUGCAUCUGGAUCCAACAUGCAGCAGCCGUCCUCUACUUCGACCAACUGAGAGUGCAGCAAACUGGAUCCCUGUGGCUCUCGACAUACAAGAUCUGGAACGAUCCACAGCGUCGCAUGAGCCGCGGAAUCCCACCGGGAUACAAGCGCUCCAUUUGGUCCCCCAGUCGAGUAAGAUUCACAUUCUACCAACUCGGCAAGGUCACUCUAUGCUGGGCUCUUCACCUCUUCAUCAUCGGCCCCCUGGUCCCCCUCUAUUUUAAUUUCACUGCGCAAGACUUCGCGCCCUCCCGUCAAGUCUUCCUCCGCCGCCUCCUGCCCCUCCUUAAUGACCACACCCCGAUCACCCUCCGCGAGAUCCAAAUCCGCUUCUUCCUCUCCAUCUACUGGAUCUGGAUCGCUUACCUCAUGCUCGACCUCUGCAACGCCCUCCUAUCCAUCCUCUUCAGCGUCAUCCUCCGCCUUGACACCCCCAACGAAUGGCAACCCCUUUUCGGCAGCCCUCUCCAAGCAUACAGCAUCCGCCACUUCUGGACGAAGUUCUGGCACCGCCUCACAGUCUCCUGCUGCGCUUCUUCCGGAAAACAAGUUACCCGCCGUCUCGUUCGCAUGAACCCCAGAUCUAGAAGCGAGAAGAUCUUUGUCGCAUUCUGGACGUUCUUGCUUUCGGGGCUGUGUCAUGUGGUUGCCGAUUGGCAGGCUGGCGAGCCAUGUCAUCCGUACGAUGAUCUGCUAUUCUUCGUAGCGAAUUUCGUAGCCGGCGCCGUGGAGUUGCUUGUGGUGCGGAGGCUGGCGCUCGUGAAGAGGAGAUGUUGUGCGGAUAAUGAUAGGGUUAGUUGGUUGGUUUGUUCGAAUACAAUCAAAGCGGUCGUGGGGUAUGUUUGGGUUUUGGGGUUCUUUUUCUGGAUCACCCCCAAAUGGCAGUAUCCCAAACUUCUUGCAGUUCUGACGCAGGUUCAUGGAUACUAG